AUGAUAGAAGUGGACAAACCGGGGAAUUUCUAUCCAGGAGGACAAGAGCAACGAUGGAGAGAUCGGGAGCUAGAAGUCCUUAGGAAGGUAGAAGAGGAUAAGGAAAAGGAAAGAAAAGAGAUGCGUAAAAAGGCGCUUAACAACGAGGACAAAACGAAACAGAAAACAGAACUUGGCGUCAAACGGCCGCCAAGUACAACCACCGACGGUAAAGGUCCUGUUGCGCGAGCAGCUCCGCCUCCACCACUGAAAGCAGAAGUUCGACGACUGCCGACUGGAGAAGUCUACGCCGUUCGUGAAUUGGUCGGAUAUAGUGCAGGAGCAACACCGAAAGGGUCACCACGUCAUGGCUCGCCCUUUGCUGGAUCCCCAGUGGUUAUAGAAGAAGAAAAGGCAGUACUCAAUGAGCAGAGACGUCCUUGCUCAGAAGAAAUGGUAAGAAAGAGAACACUUUCAGUUACAGAUGGGCAACAUACUCCGCGUCCUGUUGCGCGAGCAGCUCCGCCUCCACCACUGAAAGCAGAAGUUCGACGACUGCCGACUGGAGAAGUCUACGCCGUUCGUGAAUUGGUCGGAUAUAGUGCAGGAGCAACACCGAAAGGGUCACCACGUCAUGGCUCGCCCUUUGCUGGAUCCCCAGUGGUUAUAGAAGAAGAAAAGGCAGUACUCAAUGAGCAGAGACGUCCUUGCUCAGAAGAAAUGAUGGCAAUCCGUGAAACAGGAGAGCGAAGAGAUGAUGAAACUGAUCGCGAUGGGUCAUCAAUGGAAGCACUGGAUAUACUAUCCGAAGUAGAAGCUGAUAUAGUAGAAGAGAAAAAGUGUACCAGUUACGUGGGGUUACCGUCAUCAGCUGCUGUCAAAGGAAAGGGACCCACAAGGAAAAGAGGAUCAAUAAAGUUGGAAGAUAAAGGGCAAUCCCAAAAGGUUAUCGCCUAUAUUACCGUUGAAUAG